CAGGGGAGGUAUUUCUGUAUAUUCUAAUAUCAUCGUCUAUCUAUUCCAUGUGCUUCUUGACGGUAUUGCUUUCAAACCGAACUAACCCCGCAAUGGGCUAAAACCUAGUACACCAUCAACCCCUCAGCCAGCCACUGAAAUGCAUUCCCUACUCACCUCUCGUCCUCAGACGUCGGAAUACAUCCCUCUUUCUCAAUGGAAAAAUAACAAAGCCAUGUCCCCUCCCCCCAAGCAGAUCGAAGAAUCGCCAUCUUCUGUCGUCGAACAGCUAGAUCCGGAAUCCACCACCUCCCCGUCGCUUCCCCGUGAGAACAAUGGCCGCAACGCCGCCUACACGGCCAAAGCCACCGCGCUCAACCGAGCCAUCCAGGAUAUUGGCAUGGGCCGGUACCAAUGGCAGCUCUUUUUCGUGAUCGGAUUCGGUUGGGCGAGCGAUAAUCUCUGGCCGAUCGUGGUGUCCUUGAUCCUGCCGCCGGUUUCGUACGAGUUCAACGCAAGCAAACCGCCCAUUUUGACGCUAGCGCAGAAUGUUGGGUUGCUGGUCGGGGCGAUUUUUUGGGGCUUUGGAUGUGAUAUUUUUGGACGGAAGUGGGCGUUUAAUCUCACGCUUGGGAUUACGGGGGUGUUUGGGUUGGUUGCUGCUGCGUCGCCGAGUUUCGCGACGGUAUGUCUCUUUGCGGCGUUGUGGUCGAUCGGCGUUGGAGGGAAUUUGCCUGUGGAUUCGGCGAUUUUUCUUGAAUUUCUGCCUGGGUCGCAUCAGUAUCUGCUCACGGUUUUGUCGGUUUCAUGGGCGUUUGCGCAGUUGCUGGCGACGUUGGUGGCAUGGCCGUUGUUGGGGAAUAUGACCUGCGACGAGGAUAAUGGGGAACCAUGCUCGAAAUCUAGUAACAUGGGAUGGAGAUACUUUCUUUUCGUGAUGGGUGGAUUGGCCAUGGUUAUGUUUAUCGGGAGAUUUGUCUUUUUCACGCUUUUUGAGUCGCCCAAGUACCUCAUGGGUAAGGGACGCAAUGACGAAGCCGUGGAUGUGGUUCGCGAGAUAGCCAAGAGGAAUGGACGCCGGACGUCUUUCUCUUUGAGCGAUCUGCAAGAUCACGAUGGUCCAGUGAACGAAGAGGAUCUCGGACUGAAUACACCGGCGGCUCUAGGGACGCGAGAUCUAAUCCGCAUACGAUUGGAAAAGGUCAGUCUGGAACAUGUCCGGGCUCUCUUCGAUACACCCCGUCGCGCCUGGUCGACCUCUAUGAUCAUGCUGGUAUGGGCAUUCAUUGGCCUGGGCUUCCCUCUCUACAACGCCUUUCUACCCUACAUCCAACAAUCCCGAGGCGCCGAAUUUGGCGAUGGCUCAACGUACAUCACCUACCGCAACUCACUCAUCAUCGCCGUCCUAGGGAUCCCGGGGUGUCUGCUAGGUGGUGCACUUGUCGAAAUGCCCCGGUUCGGCCGCAAGGGCACCUUCAUGCUUUCUGCCGUUCUUACUGGCGUAUUUCUGUUGGCUUCCACGACAGCAACAUCAUCAAACGCACUACUAGGCUGGAACUGCGCAUACAAUUUCAUGAGCAACAUCCAGUCCGCCGUGUUGUAUGCAUAUACGCCUGAACUCUUCCUCACGAAAGACCGCGGGACGGGAAAUGCGUUGACGGCUUCUUCGAGCCGGGUGUUUGGGAUUAUGGCGCCGAUUAUUGCCAUGUUUGCGGAUCUCAACACUUUUGUGCCGGUAUAUCUUAGUGGUGUGUUGUUCAUUGCAGCGGGUGCGGUGGUGAUGUUGAUUCCGUAUGAGUCUAGGGGGAGGGCGAGUUUAUAGUGCUUGCAUUUUGUUUGUAUAAGGCAUUUUCAUCGUUGCAUGAUAUAUUUUGGAUUUUGAAGACCAAUAUCUUUUUUAAAGAAAUCUUACAUAUAGAGCCAGCAAUGAAUGCUGCUGCAAGCUAGAGCUAAGGUUCCCAUAGCUACCUACAUCUACCAAAUUGUCCCAUACAUAGUAAAGGGGUGCAAUACGGUUGAAAAAAUUUUUGAUGCAUAUUUUUUGUUCUACAGUUUAUUUGUCUAUAUUAUUAUCUAUGUUCCCUUUUCGUGCAAAGAAAGUAUGCAAAUCUAUUUACAUGACAACG